GACCUGCUUCUUUUACCUGGGCACCUUCAGCUUGCCCUACUGCUGGAACCUGGGCCUUGGUACACUAUUGCUCCUGGCUGGAAGAUGUGGCCUUUCAAAGAAAAUCGGCCGAGUACCUGUGGAUGCUGGUCUGUAGCGCAGGUAUGAUUGUGGUGCUGGCCUACUUGUUUGGGAGCCAGUACUUUGUGAGUGGAGCACUGAUUGACCUCAUGACAUAUCUCUGGGGCCGGCGGAAUCCAACGGCAAGAAUGCAGGUGCUGUUUUUCACCAUCCGCACGCCAUAUUUGCCCUGGGUUCUCUCAUGGAUAUCCCUUCUGAUGGGAGGUAACGUCCAGGACCAGCUUCUUGGACUCGUGGUGGGUCAUACCUACUUCUUCUUCGAGGAGUUGGUUGCGAAUCGGGUGAUCCCAACUGUGCGAUUUGUGAAACCUCCAAAAAGGGCUUUCGCCUUUUCCGGACGCCAAGACUGA